CGCCCGGAGCUCACUUCACUGUCUUCACGCGAAAAACAUGUCGGAGGAAGGCUAAGCGGCCUGGCAUUGCCGAGAGUUUCUGUCUUCUAUGCGCGAGGGAACGAUAUUGAGGCCACGUUUCAUACAUUUAUGAGAUACAUGCCUUGACGUGCGUAAAAAGGCUGGCGUUCUUUUCAUGAGACAGAGGGACCACGCAGGCGAAGGGCGCAGAGUAAAUCUGCGGCACAGUUGACACGUUCGAUCGUCUGGUAGUUUUACAUUGCAAGUUGCGCUCGCACCGUUUUUUCGAGGAAUCUCACGAGUGUCUCGCUCUGAAAAAUGGCACAGGAGGUCGAGGAAACUAUGAAGCGGAUUCAGUCUCACAAGGGAGUAGUCGGGACGAUAGUGGUGAACGCGGAAGGCAUUCCUAUAAAAUCGACGUUAGACAACACAACGACGGUUCAGUACGCGGGUCUGAUAAGCCAGUUGUCGGACAAAGCUCGCUCCGUCGUGCGCGACCUGGACCCGACCAAUGAUUUAACGUUCCUGCGCAUCCGCAGCAAAAAGCACGAGAUCAUGGUCGCGCCGGACAAGGAAUUUAUAUUGAUAGUAGUGCAAAAUCCAGUUGACUGAUGUCCAACGGAAGUGUAUUGCAAAAUUAAGAUUUAUCUCCUUGGUGAAGAUUAUUAAUUUAUUCUGUUCGUGCUGCAUUUGACUUUAAUGUCCACUCGAUUAAGAAGUUGAAGAAUAAAGCUUGAAUAUUAUGUGUUGCAAUAUUUAGUUUCCGAGAUGAUUUUACGAGCAGCAAGCUUCAAAAGUUUUCACGGCACUUUCUUUUCGGCAAUGUUUUAGAGUACUUUUACAAAUCAAUUUGGUAAUAUAUUCUGAAUAAACACUACUUAUUCCUGUA